AUGGCAAUUCAUCUGGAUAAGCAAAACAUUAUUUUAAAGAAUGAUAAGGAUGAAUAUCUUAAGAAGACUAGAGACGAUGUUUUGCCUCCCUACCAGGAUGCUAAAUCACCUUCUCCUGCUUCAAUUAAAAAGACAUACACCACUAGCAAAUUCAACGAUGCUGAACCUGCAAAGGGAAACUUAUUUAUUGGAGUGGAAGUACUGCCUGAAAAUUUGCGCUUGGAUGAAAGUGAAACAUCAAAAGAAGAUGAUAGAUCUAUGGAAAAGGAAAAAUAUGAACAAUUCCUUUCUCUUGAAGAAGGAACAAAGGCACACUACUUUUUUGAGAAGGUUGUAAAUGCAGCACAGACCUGGUUCAGUCUCUUUGGCUGGCCUGAAGGACCCCAUUCUUUUUCUAUUCCAGAGACUAUAAGAAGGGAUGUAUAUAAAAUGCAAUUCUACUCAUCAACCUCGCCACCCCAAAAGUUUUCCAGACAGAAUGACUUUUCCAAAUAUAGUAAGACCAUUUGUGAUGUGCUGCUCCAUUUGAGUGGAAAAAUGCCACCUGGAAUUAAUUCAAGUCAAUCUUUACCUGUAGAUAACCAUGAAAAAAGGGUAAUUCAACUCCAUUUACAACAUUCCUCACUUCUGGACUUUCUCAAUGCUCAAGGAGGAUGUGUUUCACGUGUCCUGCCAGAAUUUUUGCUUGAACCAGAAGAUUGUAAGAGGUGGAUUGAAAUUACGUCUUCCACUAAUACGAUGCCUGUGGGUUCCUGUACACCUAAGAAAACUUCUAUUGUUAUAGAAAUGUCUAAAUUUGAAGCCUGGAGUAAACGGGCAUGGACAGAUGUAUUUCUACAGAUAUACAAGGUUUUGGUUCUAUCCCGUGUAGUACCAUACUGCAGCAAUAAUAUGCCCCCAAUAUGUGUGCAAAAUACACCAAAAGUCAAUCCUUGUUUUGCAUCCAGCAACAUAUAUUCUGAUUCCGAAAGAAUUUCGCUUAGUUGGAUGAACAUAAAUUAUGAGAAUACUCGACAUGUGAUAUGGAAAAACUGUCACAAAGGUGAGAAGUGA